GCCAAACAAAAGAACUUUCAUCGAGUCUUAAACCCUUGAAAUCCCCUUCUAUUCCAAUUUUCCAAUUGCCAUCCUUGUCUUCGCUGCUCUCUAUCUCUGAACAGCAAUCAUGAAUCGGUCCAAGGCAAUCCUCUCCUCACUCAGGUUAGCCAACUCGCUUCUUUCCACUCGACUCACCUCAACUCCUUCCUUCUCCUCUCAGGUGACUCGCUUCUCUUCACAGCUCUCGUUUCAAUCACACUCUUCUCUUCUAACCAACAUCCAUCAAAGCCUUUCCUUCUCUACAAAACCCAACUCGUUGCUUCAACUCAUUCUGACCAACGAUUGGUCUGGCGAGUUAGAAACCUCCUUACACGAGUUUAAAUCUGCAUUGACUCAUGAAACUGUCAUCUAUGUUCUUAAGAAACUCGAUAAAGACUCCAAAAAGGCAUCGAGUUUCUUCAAUUGGGUGCGUCAAGAAAAUGGGUUUAAACCCAAUUCUUCUGUCUAUAGCUUUAUGCUUAGGAUUUUUGCUAAUAAAGCCACAAUGAAAGAGUUCUGGAUAACUUUAAGGGAAAUGAAGGACCUGGGUUUUUAUCUUGACGAAGAAACUUAUUAUACAAUCCAUUCUUCUUUUAGAAACAAUAAGAUGCCUAGUGAUGUUGUGGCCUUAACCCAUUUUUAUAAAAGGAUGGUUGAAGAGAAUGCUAAGGAUAGUAUUGCUCGUAAGGUAGCUGAUGUUAUUGCUGGGGAUGAAUGGAGCAGUGAGACUGAGAAAAUAUUAGAUGGUAUGGGAACUGAUUUGUCUGAUAAUUUAGUGAUAAGGGUGUUGAAGGAACUUAGAACUUACCCUAGGAAAGGUUUACAGUUUUUUCAUUGGGCCAGUAAGGGUUCGAAUUAUAAGCAUAAUACAGUUACUUACAAUGCUCUUAUAAGGGUUCUUGCUAGGCUUGAUUCUAUUGCUGAGUUUUGGGGUGUUGUUGAUGAGAUGAAAGGUGAAGGAUUUGAGAUGGAUAUCGAUACGUAUAUAAAAGUUUCGAGGAACUUUCAGAAGUUUAAGAUGUUGGAGGAUGCUGUGAAACUUUAUGAAAUCAUGAUGGAUGGUCCAUAUAAGCCUUCAGCACAAGAUUGCAGCUUACUCUUACGGAGCAUUUCCAGUGCUGAUGGACAAGAUUUGAGUUUGGUGUUCAGGGUAGUGAAUAAAUACGAGGCUGCUGGAUAUUCACUGUCCAAGGCUAUUUAUGACGGGAUUCAUCGUUCUUUAACCAAGGUGGGUAAGUUUGAUGAAGCGGAGAAGAUCAUGAAAGCAAUGAAAAAUGCUGGGUGCGAACCUGAUAACAUUACGUACAGCCAACUGGUGUUUGGACUUUGUAAAGCAAGAAGACUCGAAGAAGCCUGCAAAGUGUUGGAUGAAAUGAAAGCAAAUGGAUGCUGUCCGGAUAUCAAGACAUGGACUAUUUUGAUUCAAGGCCAUUGUGAUGCUAAUCAGAUCGAUGAUGCAUUGAUGUGUUUCGCAAAGAUGGUGAAAACCUGCGAAGCGGAUGCUGACUUGUUGGAUGUCUUAAUAAACAGUUUCAUCAGUCAGAAUAGAGUAGAUGGUGCAUACAAAUUGCUGGUGGAGAUGGUAAAUGUAGUUCACUUAAGACCUUGGCAAGCAACAUUUAAACUUCUUAUAGAGAAGCUUCUGGGGAAAAGAAAACUCGAAGAAUCGAUGAACCUUCUUAAGUUGAUGAAGAAACAAAACUACCCACCUUACCCUGAACCUUUCGUUCAAUAUAUUUCAAAGCAGGGGACUGUGGAGGACGCUGUGGAGUUCUUGAAAGCAUUGAGUGUGAAGGAAUAUCCAAGCAUUGGAGCUUACCUUCAUACUCUUGAAUCAUUUUUGGAGGAAGGUAGACAUACUGAGGCACAAGAUCUGCUAUAUAAAUGCCCUCAUCAUAUUCGUAAUCAUCCUAAAACAUCUCAACUCUUUGGCACCAAAUCUACUGCUUGAUUUUUUGCUUUGUUACUUUCGAAGACAGAUGGAAUGACCAAUUUCAGCUUAUUACCA